AUGUCGAAGCCGCAUUCUACGAGCUCUCAUCCUGAAAGGAUCAUUAAGCGCUAUGAAAUGUCUUCAAACAUUGAGAUGGAAAACGGUGUCCGUGAGGGAAAAAUCGUUAUUGGCAAGCUGAAUGUGUUUAAAACGUGGUCCAUAAUGCUUAGAUUCGUUCGAAGCCCACUUUUUCCUAAAGACAUUGCUCUCAACUCCAAGGAAUGCAAUAUCGCACAUGUCUACCAAAAUGACAUUGUGGCAAUUGAGUUGCUGCCAGAGAGUCAGUGGGAACCAAUAAUUCCGAAUCUCAAUGACGUUGACGAUUCCGAUUUCAGCCCAUCAGAAACUGAAAGGAUUGAGUCGGAAUACGACUUUGAUGGGCUACAGACAAUGCCAAAAAAACUGCUUGACGGACGCCCGAUAGUUCGAGUGCUCUCUGAACUGCCGCCUCGGCAGAGGGCCACAAUGGAGGUAGAAUUGGCACGUCAAAUGGGCGCACCGGAUAAAUACGAAUGGCGACCGGAUCUACGCCCAAGAGGAAAAGUCAUAGCGGUCCUACAUCGUGAUUUGAAAGCGCAUCACGUGGCGCGCCUCGCUGAUGGGGCCCUGCCCGCAAACUACUCUUCCAUCUUUAAGAGUAAUUACUACUAUCGAUUCCAGCCGUACGACCCACUGUUUCCAUCCUUUGUGGUGCAUGGUUCAGAUAUACCAGCACCCUAUCAUAAGGAGUUGAGCUUAUAUUUGUUUUUGCUACGUGUUGAGUCAAAAGAAGAUGGUUCAGUAUGCUUGUUCAAGGACGAUAUGAUCAAAGCUAAGGUCCAAAGUGUACUUGGAACAGUGAGCUCCGUAGAAGCCAAUACGAUGGCGAUCUGUGAAACCUAUAGAAUACGUCCUAGGUCCUUCGAUGACGAUAUUGAGGCUUCGUUGCCCUCAGAACUCAAAAUUCCUGACGCAGACGAGCUGAAGCGCAUGGGACGGCGAGAUUUACGCAACGAGUUUGCCUGCACAAUCGACCCGUCUUCCGCACAAGACCUUGAUGAUGCUCUCAGCAUCCGUCGUACCAACAAUGGUGGCUACCACCUCGGCGUUCACAUCGCUGAUGUCACUUAUUUCGUGCAAACCGGAACGCCUCUGGAUGAGGAGGCAAGGAGACGAUCAACAUCCGUCUACCUCGUGGAUCGCACUUUUCCAAUGCUACCGGAAAAGCUCAGUCAUGGUUUAUGUAGCCUUAAUCCCGGAGAAGAUAAAUACGCCUUUUCCGCACUGUUUGAGAUGAAUCGAGACGGCCAAAUCGUGGAGGAGUGGUUUGGAAAGUCAGUCAUUCGCUCGAGAUGUAAAUUGACUUACGAACAGGCCCAAGAGAUCAUCGACGAUAGGGAAGUAGAAAUCGACCUUAAAAACGAAAGCGCGGUAUCUGGAGUUUCUAAGAGCGUGUUGAGAACGAAAGUUAUUUCGUCUGUAAAGCUGCUUCACACUUUGGCCACAAAGUUGCGCCAGGACAGCUUCAAUCGCGGUCGCAUUAAUAUCGGCAAAUCCAAAUUACGUUUUGCUUUCGAUGACACGGACUCUGAGCGUCGCCCCAUUGGUUUCUAUGUGAAGCGCCCGAUUGAUUCAAACUGGUUGGUGGAGGAGUUCAUGCUCUUGGCGAAUACACGUGUUGCCGAGAAGCUUGUGGAGUACCUCGCUGAUACUGCUCUUCUGCGUCGUCACCUUCCCCCAGAUAUGAGUAGGGUCAUUGAACUGCGACAAUUGCUCAUUAAACAUGGUAUUGACGUGACGAAUGUGAAGGGCAAGGGUCUCCAGGGUAUGAUCGAGGGGGCUAAAAAAAGCGAAAACUAUGAUGCGAUAUGCAAUCUAUUAGUUUGUUCUAUGAAACGUGCAGAGUACUUUGCGAAUAACGUACAGAGCGAGAUUCCACGUUCCCAUUAUGCGCUUGCCUUACCAUGGUAUACGCACUUCACGUCACCUAUUCGCCGGUAUUGUGAUAUUAUUGUGCAUAGGCAGUUGGCUAUUGCGCUUGAGAUAGAGAAAGCACUGAAAGAGAUACAUGGGGGUGAUCUGAACACACAUGACUCUGACCUUAUACUGGGCCUCGGCAAGAAACCUCUUGCAGUCGAAGAACUUCUGCCCCCCGAGUAUCUGAAAGAUUAUAAUCAGUGUUGCAACCAAUAUGAGGUUGAAGACAUUGCAAUACAUUCCCAAAAUGCCAAAGAGCUUGCCACGGAAGCUAGUGAGUCCUCAGAAAAGCUCUUUUUAUGCGUUUAUCUACAGGCCGUAAAGCAGCUGUCAGAGAGCGUUAAAUACAUUCCAUCAGUACAACACACAAAAGCGUGUGUUAUACAAAUAGACAAAAGUAGUCUAGUUCUGUACUCAAGCGAGAUUGCAGUAAGUGUAAAAAUAGGGCUUCGGGAUAAUAAGCAAUUAUUCGAAUGGAUAAGUACAGAGAAUUACCAAGAAGGUGCACGAACCAUAAGUGUCAGGGGGAAAACGGAAAAAUCUAAUGAAAACAACGCCACGUGUGACGCGAAUGGUAGCUCACGAGGAAAGGAAUCUCAGACAGCAGAUAUUAGACAAAAGAUAGAGCUUAAUAAACAAAAAACUCAUCACAAAACAGGUGUGUCUUCCUAUGGUGGAGGAGUGCAGAAGAGUGGCACCGCAAAGCCUAAACGCGUUUUUGUGAGGCUUCUAUGGACUGAUCCGAGUGGAAAUGGUCAAGUAAUCGAAGAGGUGGGCAAGCUCGACCCCCUUGUAGUAAUGCUCAGAGUAAAUAACACAGAGGGGAGAAUAUCUCUCGAUAUGAUUGUGCUGCCACCAUGGGACCGUUGUCCUUACGAAACAAAGGAAGCCUUAAUCCCAACUUUACUGAAAUAA